AACGCUGGUCCCUCAUACUUCUAGUCUUAGUCAGGCUCUCGGUUAACAAAGGCAUCAUCUAGAACAUCACAAUGUGCGACGACGACGCAUGCGCCCUGGUCGUUGACAACGGCUCUGGAAUGGUUAAGGCUGGGUUUGCGGGGGAUGACGCCCCCCGCGCCGUCUUUCCUUCCAUCGUGGGCCGUCCUCGUCACCAGGGCGUGAUGGUCGGUAUGGGUCAGAAGGACGCCUAUGUAGGAGAAGAGGCCCAGAGCAAGAGAGGUAUCCUGACUCUUAAGUACCCCAUCGAGCAUGGUAUCAUCACCAACUGGGACGACAUGGAGAAGAUCUGGCAUCACUCCUUCUACAACGAACUUCGAAUUGCUCCUGAAGAGUCCCCAAUUCUGCUGACGGAGGCUCCUCUCAACCCCAAGGCCAACCGCGAAAAGAUGACUCAGAUCAUGUUUGAAACUUUCAUCACGCCGGCAAUGUACGUAGCCAUCCAGGCCGUGCUUUCCCUCUAUGCCUCUGGUCGUACUACUGGGAUUGUCUUAGACUCUGGAGAUGGCGUCUCUCACACAGUUCCCAUCUACGAGGGCUAUGCUCUGCCCCACGCCAUACUGCGUCUCGAUCUUGCCGGUAGAGAUUUGACGGCAUACUUGAUGAAGAUCAUGACCGAGAGAGGCUACUCUUUCACAACCACGGCCGAACGAGAAAUCGUUCGGGACAUCAAGGAGAAGCUGGGUUACGUGGCGCUCGAUUUCGAGAACGAGAUGAGCGUCGCCGCGGCUUCCUCUUCCGUGGAGAAGUCUUACGAACUUCCUGACGGUCAGGUCAUCACCAUCGGCAACGAAAGGUUCCGGGCGCCUGAGGCCCUCUUCCAGCCUUCCUUCUUGGGGAUGGAGUCCGUUGGCAUACACGAAACUGUGUUCAAUUCCAUCAUGAGGUGCGAUAUCGACAUCAGAAAAGACCUGUAUGCCAACAAUGUGCUCUCUGGUGGUACCACCAUGUACCCUGGUAUUGCUGACAGGAUGCAGAAGGAGAUUACCAACCUGGCUCCUUCCACCAUCAAGAUCAAGAUCAUCGCUCCCCCAGAAAGGAAGUACUCCGUCUGGAUCGGCGGCUCCAUCUUGGCCUCUCUGUCCACCUUCCAGGCCAUGUGGAUCACCAAAGAGGAGUACGAUGAGUCUGGACCUGGAAUCGUGCACCGCAAGUGCUUCUAGGUGGAAAAUGGGAAAUAAAAGCUUAUUGCUUGUUUAUUUUAAACUUUUCUGUUAUUUUAUAUUAUUGAUUUUAUCCGAUAUGAAAUAAAAUCGUGUAUGCUC